ACGACCUUGCGGGUUCCGAGUCCAGACCACCACCAAGGUUCCUUCCAAAGCCCGAACCCACGCGUCCACCCCUGCAUCCAAGUGCUUAACCCAACGUCACCUCAUCUUCAGUUCCUCCAAAAUGGCCACAACGACGAGCACCUCCUCACCGUCGACACCACCGGGCCCGCCCCUCUUCAUCUGCAUCGAAUGUUCCUUCCCAGUCGACUCACUAUUCACCGCGUACUCGGGCGCAGACGACCGCUCGCUCGGGCGCGGCGUGCGGCUCACGCAAUGCCCACGGUGCAAGCGCUUCGCGGAUAAAUACGUCGAGCACGAUUUCGUCGUGCUGUUCAUCGACAUGGUCUUGAUCAAGCCGCAGGUGUACCGCCACCUGCUGUUCAACCACCUCGCGGGCGGCCGCAAGGACGACGUCCUCGACGGCAGCAUCAAGCGUCUCGGCGUCCUGCUGCUGCUGUUCGAUGUAUAUCUCACCUGGGCGAGAAUCGAGAAGAGCAUUCCUGCGGAAACCCCUAGGCUGCUCGGCAUGCCCAUCGUUGUCCAGUACCUAUUCUUCCUCGCCCUCUGCUUCACCGAGUCGAUCCUGUUCCACCUCACGAUCCGGCUGCUAUCAUUCUACCUCUUGCGGUUCCCGCGGCCGAACGCGGUUUCGACCGCGCUGCUCGUAUCCUCAUGCACAAAGCUGUUCCCGAUCCUGAUGGUGAUCUGGAAGUACGACGUGCCGGCGGCGGCGCGCAGCGUCGGCUGGGCCGUCGUCGUGAAUAAUGUCGAGGCCCUCAGGAUCCUGCUCGAUACCGAUUAUGUUAGGGCGGCCGCGCUGGCGGGCGCUGGUGCUGUGGUUAGAGCGGUCGCGAGUCAGGGGAUACUGAGGGCGGCGGGGCUGGUUACUUGGGAGGCGGGCGUCG